AUGGCCCCCGCAGCAACCACUUCCGCGGCUACCACCGCCACCGAAUACCCGACGGACCAUACCCCGAUCGCCAACCCCAUCGAUACCACCAACUUUAUUGACAACCAAUUCGUGUCGUCCAAGGCCACCACAUGGAUUGAUCUACACGACCCGGCGACCAACAACCUCGUCACCCGCGUGCCUCAGAGCACCGAUGAGGAGCUGCGUGCUGCCGUGGCCUCGGCCGAGAAGGCCUUCCCUGCCUGGCGCGCGACCAGCAUCAUGGCCAAGCAGCAGAUCAUGUUCAAGUUUGUGAGCCUCAUCCGAGCCAACUGGGACCGCCUGGCCGCGUCCAUCACCUUGGAGCAGGGUAAGACCUUCGCCGACGCCAAGGGUGACGUCCUGCGGGGUCUGCAGGUCGCAGAGACCGCCUGUGGCAUCACCACCCAAUUGACCGGCGAGGUUCUGGAAGUCGCCAAGGAUAUGGAGACUCGCAGCUACAGAGAACCCCUGGGAGUUGUGGCCGCGAUUUGCCCCUUCAACUUCCCCGCGAUGAUUCCCCUCUGGUGUAUCCCCAUUGCGACGAUCACUGGAAACUGUCUGAUCCUCAAGCCCUCCGAGCGGGACCCCGGAGCGGCCAUGAUCCUGGCCGAGCUGGCCCAGGAGGCGGGCUUCCCCCCCGGUGUGAUCAACAUCAUCCACGGGUCGGCCAAGACGGUCGACUUCAUCAUCGAUGAGCCGGCCAUCAAGGCCAUCAGCUUCGUGGGUAGCAACCGUGCCGGGGAAUACAUCUACACCCGCGGCUCGGCCAACGGCAAGCGGGUCCAGGCCAACCUGGGUGCGAAGAACCACGCCGCCAUCCUGCCGGACUGCAACAAGAACCAGACCCUGAACGCCCUUGUCGGCGCGGCCUUUGGCGCGGCCGGACAGCGGUGCAUGGCACUCAGCACCGUCGUCAUGGUCGGCGAGACCAAGGACUGGCUCCCCGAGAUGGCGGAGCGGGCCAAGGCCCUGAACGUCAACGGCGGGUUUGAGGCGGGCGCCGAUCUCGGCCCCGUCAUCAGCCCGGAGAGCAAGAAACGCAUCGAGGGCCUGAUCGCCAGCGCUGAGGAGGAGGGCGCCACCAUCCUCCUGGACGGCCGCGGCUACAAGCCCGAGAAGUACCCCAAUGGCAACUUUGUCGGCCCCACCAUCAUCACCAACGUCACCCCCAACAUGCGCUGCUACAAGGAAGAGAUCUUCGGCCCCGUGCUCAUCUGCCUCAACGUCCCCACCCUCGACGACGCCAUCGACCUCAUCAACAAGAAUGAGUACGGCAACGGCGCCGCCGUCUUCACCCGCUCCGGCUCCACCGCCUCCCGCUUCCAGAAGGACAUCGAGGCCGGCCAGGUCGGCAUCAACGUCCCCAUCCCCGUCCCCCUGCCCAUGUUCUCCUUCACCGGCAACAAGAAGAGCAUCGCCGGCGGCGGCGCGAAUACCUUCUACGGCAAACCGGGCCUGCAGUUCUAUACCCAGCAGAAGACGGUCACGAGUCUGUGGCGCAGCGAGGAUGCUGUCAGCACCAAGGCGAACGUGGUGAUGCCGACGCAUUCGUAA